AUGGAUCAGGCUCAGCUCAAAUAUUUUUUCGACCAACAACAGAAGACGCUGAAGGCUCUGCUCGACGCGUUCAACAAGACAACCCGGCCCGCUGCAGACGCGAAUUCAAUCGUGAACUCGCUAAGCAACCGGAUUGCCUUCUUCUCGUACGAUCCGGAAGAUGGAGAGACGUUCGAUGCGUGGUUCUCUCGAUACGAAGAUAUCAUCAGGACAGACGGAGCAGAACUCGACGACGCAGCUCGUGCGCGGCUCGUUGUCAGCAAGCUCAACAAAAGAGAGGCAGAGCGGUAUAGAAACAACAUCCUGCCGAGAGCGCCAAAGGAUGUGACGUUCGAAGACACCAUCACCGAACUUCGGAGGCUGUUCAACGAAACGAAGUCAGUCGCUCGACUACGUUUCGAACUCCUCACCACCAAAUUCACCGGACAGGAUUUGAAGGACUACACUGGAAUGGUCAAGAGAAGGUUCAACGCUGCAAAGUGGACCGAUUUUGGACCAGACCAGGCCCAAUGUCUCCUGUGGAUCAUCGGACUCCAGUCACCAGACCAAAUGGAGCUCCGACACCGAGCUCUUCGGGAACUCGAGAUGGAUCCGAGGAUCACGCUAUCACAACUGACGGACAGGCUGGAACAGGCUGUGCUGCUCAGGUCGGAUGCCAUAGCCAUUGGAGAUCCUGUCGCUCAAGUGAACGCGGUCACACCGAGACGCAAUGAGCCGAAGUCUACGAAGAAGGAACCGUCUACCCCUUGCUUCAGAUGCGGACUCAUGCAUUGGUCUCGAGACUGCACUCAUCGGAAGACAACCUGUCGGGAGUGCAACGGGAAGGGACAUCUAACGCGGAUGUGCCCUGAACGUGAAGUGGAGUCGGUCAACUCCAUCCUCAUCGCAGCAACGUCAGCAACGGCUCGAAAUCGGAUCUACACCGAUGUCAGCAUCAAGGGACAACCGGUUCGGAUGAUGUUGGACACUGGCUCGGACGUUACGCUGCUCAGUCAGAAGGAUUGGAUCCUUUUGGACAAACCGGAGAUGUCGCCGUCAACGCGAAGACUUCGGUCAGUCACCAACAAAUCAAUUUCAGUUCUCGGGCAAUUGAAAUGUGAUUUCGUGCUCAAUGGUCAGCCAGGAUCAGGGACAUGCCAGGUCACCAACACAGAGUCGAUCCUGGGCAUGGACUGGAUCAAACAGGAUCAGUCGCUCUACGGACGUUUGCUCAAGGGAUCCGUCAAUCCCGUCGCAGCGAAGCAGUCCGGAAAACGAGUUCCAAGUCGCCAGGCACCGUCGACCAAGCAGCAAGCAGGCCGGCAUCACGGAUCGAAGUCAAACUGGUUUGGCAUCGGAGAAGUGGUCAAGGUCAGGGACAAGCACGGAUCGUCGUCACCGGAGGAUCGUGCAUCAUCGGAGGUGGAUCGUGGAUCAACAAAUGGUCGUGGUUGGUUCGUGGCUCGGACAACUACAAGAUCGUCGUCAACAACAACGAGAUCGUCGUCAGCAACUGAACGCCAGCUGCUGUCGACUCGCCAUCGUCCAUCGAUCAGCUCACCGUCGGGAACAACUACGGUAUUGUCGUCAGCAUCUGAUCGCCAGCUGCUGUCGACUCGCCAGCGUUCCUCGGUCAGUUCACCUUCCGGAACAACUACAGGAUCGUCGUCAACAACUGAACGCCAGUUGCUGUCGACUCGCCUACGGGCUUCUACAAGCUCACCUUCUGGUUCGGGACUACGCUCAGUCUACACGAAUUGGAAUGCUCAACACCGAAAACAUCAUAACUUGACAAAGGGAGAUGUUACGUCGUUCUAG